AUGGAGCUGAAGGUCUGGGUGGACGGAAUCCAGAGGGUUGUCUGCGGUGUCUCGGAGCAAACCACCUGCCAAGAAGUGGUCAUCGCCUUGGCGCGGGCCAUUGGUCAGACGGGCCGCUAUGUGCUGGUGCAGAAGCUGCGGGAGAAGGAGCGGCAGCUGCUACCACUGGAGUGCCCCUUGGAGUCACUGGCCAAGUGUGGGCAGUAUGCCAACGAUGUGCAGUUCGUCCUGCGGCGGACAGGCCCCAGCGUGGCUGAGCGGCCCUCCUCAGAGGGUGCUCCCCAAGCCCCUGAGAGGACGUUCAUCCGGGCCAGCUUGCCCAUCAAGCCCAGGCCCACCAGCACGGAUGCACCCCGUUCCCGGGAGCCGAAAAAAUCCAUGACCUUCAACUUGGGUCCUGCAGGUUCCAGCGACCCAUUUGCCGUCAGCCGCUGGAGGCACCAAGCGUGGGAAGGGAUGGACUUGGAGGGCAGUGGGGUUGUCCAACCCUCCAAGGAGGAGCUGUUUAGGAAGGUGCUGCGGCAGCAGGAGCAGCUGCAUUCCUUGGAGGCCCAUGGGGACACCCUGGAGACAGACCUACGGCUCUGGGAGCAUGGCCGGCUCACCAGCCAGGAGGAUGAGAUCCUCUACCUGGAGCACCUGGUGCGGAGGAAUGAGACGGAGCUGGGUGAGGAGGAGUUUUGGCAGAGUGAGCUCCGGCUGGAGAAGGAGUGUGAGCGGGAGCGGCAGGAGCGAGUUAGAAGCCUGCGGGCCAGCCUGGAGGAGUAUACCCAGAGGAUCUACGAGCUGAGCACCCGGACCGAAGCCCUGCAGGAGGAGAUCCAGUGGGAGAUGGCAGAGAGGGCCAAGAGGGGGAAGGAGACCCCUGCACCCAGCCCCACAGAGCUGGAGGACAUGGCCACCAAGAUGAAAAGGGACCUGGAGGCCAAGGUCAAGCAAGGCACCCAGCUGGAGAGCAACCUGGCCAGCGUGGAGAAGGCCCUGGAGGAAGCUGAAAGGAACCUGCAGGCCCAGACCCAAGAGCUGGAAGAGUUAAAUAAGGAGCUGAGGCAGUGUAAUUUGCAGCAGUUUAUUCAGCAGACGGGGGCCACCAUGACCAUCCUGCAGGCCAGGUCCGAGGAGGAUGCCCAGCCGGAGCCGAGCCCGCGCGAGCUGCCAGCCUGCCGGAGAAACGGAGGUUUUCCUCCCAACACCGACUCACCUCCCCGGGCCAGCACCAAGCAGCUCCUCGGCCAUCCCAGGACCUUGCCGGAGCCCCUGGUGUCCAGCCUGAACCCCGAGGUUGUAUCAACCAGGCAGAGCAUCUGGAGGUAG